CUUUGGUUUAAAAAACCCAAUGAAUGAUUUGUAUCUCAACACCGUACCCUUACACCCUUACUCUAUCUUUUCACUAUGCGCACCGCGGCUCCCCCCUCUCUAACCCUAGCAAGUACUCUGUUGCAAUACCAUUUCAGCACCGCCGGUCGAGUAGCAGGCAGGAGUCCAUCAUCCACCAAAUGCAUUCAAUCGGCCUCAAAUCACUCAAUUAUCCUUCACCGUCUUUCUCAAUCGCAUCAAAGCCUAAGUGUAGCAGGCUGCUAUACGGAAGAACACAUCUUACAAUAAAGAAGUUAUGUGUAAAUUUAGAAGUGACAUACACAAGAAGUCUUAGCAGUGGCCAUGGCUCUUCUGAAAGUCUUCAAAGCUCAAGGUAAUAUACUGCUGAAUGUAUGUUUUCUAUUACAAAAACUCUUUCAUCUGUUUGUAGUUCUAAGUGCAGUGAAAGUGUUUUCUUUUCUCUUUUUAUAUAUUUUAACAAAUAAAAAUAUAAACUGGACUUCAAGAACAUUUGUGUGGUGAGAUAGUUUGUUUCAUUCUUGAUGCCCUGAGUCCUAUUUUUUAAUUCAUUACAGAUUUAUUGUGUUCCAGAAAUGAAUUCAAUUUGGCUGGUAUGUAAUCUAUUGUUGUUUUAAAUUCAUACGUAGUUUUGAAAUGAAACAAUUAGAAUGUGUAAGGUAUAAUACUCUUAAAGGACUUGGAUGUUUUGUAAAGGACUCUUAAGGUAAAAAUAAAAAACUUCUUGCACUAUGGGUUUGUGAAUUUUCCUGGAUGACAUUUCUUUUAUUUUGUGACACUCUGUUUCACUUUGUUUUUUUCUACUUCAUACUAGGUAUACACACAUUAUAAUAUAGGAAGACAAUGCAUUCCUAUAUACACACAUGUUCCUGACUAUGAGUAUAAUACUCUAGAUGUAUAAUGACAUGUAUCAUUUUUUUUAUUUGCAGAAGGCUAUUAAGAGGUUAACCAAUGCCUUCUAUGCCUUCUGUAUACACACAUUAUAAUAUAGGAAGACAAUGCGUUCCUAUAUACACACAUGUUCCUGACUAUGAAUGUAGUAUUCUAGAUGUAUAAUGACAUGUACCACUUUUUUUUUAUUUGCAGGAGGCUUUUAAGAGUUAACCAAUGCCUUCUAUGUAGCUGAAAGUGUUAUAUCUAACAAAACAAAAGCUGCAAUGUCCAAGCUUCUUCUUGCAAUCCGAUACUUGCAUUCAAGCCUCGUUGAUAACUAAGAGAUUACACUUGCACGAACAAUUCUUAUCCCAUCAGACAUAUAGUUUUAGCUUUCAAAUAUUUUGUACACAUUUUCAACAAUACUGAUGUGGUGUAUGAUUUUUUUUGGAAUAUUCUUAUGAUACACUACAUUUUAAUGUGGGUUAUUAUUAUAUAUGUAGUACUUCUUAUUUGUUUGCUAUUAUGAUAUUAUCUGAUAUC